CUCUCUCCCCAUCUGUUCCUACUGAUGACUGGCAACAGGGAGGAGUCUGACACGAGGAAGAGUGGGUACCCGUGGAGCAGGACCUGCAUCUCCUCUGAGUUGGGGAGCUGGGGAGGGGGGCCAUGGCCCGGGGGUCUUGGUUAGAGAGGCGGCUUAUGCAUUGCUCUGCCCUCAUCAUGACAGGGCCAUGUGACCUUUGAGGAUGUGGCCGUGUACUUCUCCCGGGAGGAGUGGGGGCUCCUUGACGAGGCUCAGAGACAGCUGUACCGCACCGUGAUGCUGGAGAACUUGGCACUGAUGGCCUCCCUGGCAGAGAAAGACGUCUUGUACCUUGCUGAGCACGAAGGAACAUGUGCUGGACUGAAACCAUGCACUUGUGGGCCUUGUGGAAAACUGUGCUCGUUUAGUUCUUUCUUACACCAGCACCAGAAGCAGAACCGUGGAGAGAAGGACCUUGGAAGGGAGGAGAAUGGGGCUUUGUUCGUGAAGAGCAAAAUCCUCAUGUCAGACAAUAUUUUCACCUGUGGAGAGGUUGAGGAUUAUUCCCUGGGCAGCAUGGGCCUUCUCCAGCACCAGGCCAUGGCCAGCGGAGAGUAUCCACACAGAGGCAGAGGGAGCAGGGCAGUUUCUCACACUCUGCGACGGCAGCGCAGCACGCGUGGGCAAGCCUGCCGCAAAAAGGUUAAAUUCACGGAGCAGCAGAGUGCUUACACUGGAGAAAGCCUUCAUAAGUGCAGCCAAUGUGAAAAAUCCUUCGUCUCCAAAAAAAGACUUCUUGAGCACCAGAGAAUCCACACUGGAGGAAAGCCUCAUGAGUGUAGCAAAUGUGGGAAGUUCUUUAAGUACAAAUCUAGUCUUAAUCAACACUGGAAAGUUCACACUGGAGAAAGGCCUCAUAAGUGCAGUGACUGCGGGAAGUCCUUCAUCUAUAAAAGCAGACUUCUUGAGCACCAGAGAAUCCAUACUAGAGAAAGGCCUUAUAAGUGCAGUGACUGCGGGAAGUCUUUCAUCUAUAAAAAGAGACUUCUUGAGCACCAGAGAAUCCACACUGGAGAAAGGCUUUAUAAGUGCAGUGAAUGUGGGAAGUCUUUCUUCUACAAAAGAAUACUUCUAAGGCACCAGAGAAUCCACACUGGAGGAAAGCCUCAUGAGUGUAAUGAAUGUGGGAAAUUCUUUAGACACAGACCCAGCCUUAUUCAUCACUGGAAAGUUCACUCUAGAGAAAGGCCUUAUAAAUGCAGUGAAUGUGGGAAGUCCUUCAUCCAUAAAAGGAGACUUCUUGAGCACCAGAGAAUCCACACUGGAGAAAGGCCUUAUAAAUGCAGCGAAUGUGAAAAGUCCUUCUUCUACAAAAGAAUACUCCUUGAGCACCAGAGAAUCCAUACUGGAGAAAAGCCUUAUGAGUGUAACGAAUGUGGGAAGUUCUUGAGACACAAAUCUAGCCUUAAUCAUCACUGGAAAGUUCACACUGGAGAAAGGCCUCAUAAGUGCAGUGAAUGUGGGAAGUCCUUUAUCCAUAAAAAGAGACUUCUUGAACACCAGAGAAUCCACACUGGAGAAAGACUUUAUAAAUGCAGCACAUGUGAAAAGUCCUUUGUCUACAAAAGCAGACUUCUUGAGCAUCAGAGAAUUCACACUGGAGAAAAGCCUUAUGAGUGCAGCCAAUGUGGGAAGUUCUUCAGACACAGCUCCACCCUCCUUAAACACCAGAAAGUUCACACUGGAGAAGGCCGUCUCAGCAUGGUAAAUGUGGAAAUCUUUCAUCCGCAAAAAAAGAUUUCUUUUGCACCAGAGAAUCCACAUCAGAGAAAAGUUUUAUGAAUGCAGCAAAUGUGGGUAAACCUUCAUAAAAAGGUUUGAAUUCAAUGAGCACCAGAGAGUUCACCCUGGAGAAAAGCCAUAUGAAUGUAAUGAAUGUGGGAAAUUCUUUAGACAGUGAUCAUUGAUCCACUCACCUUCAACACCAAAAAGUUCAUGCUGGAGAGAGGCCUUGAAUAUGUGUAAUGGAUGUGGGAUGUCCUCCAUUUACAAAAGAAAUCUUGAGCACAGAGAAUCCAAACUGGAGGAAGAACCUUUGAGUAUAAUGAAUGUGGGAAAGCCUUCAGCCUCAAGGAUAGACUUGUUCAGCACCACAAAGUCCACACUGGAGAAAAGGCUUUUUGUACAGCAAAUGUGGAAAGUAUUUCAGUGGAAGAUACUGCUUUAUCAGGCACCAGAAAGUUCACAGUAGAGAAAGUUCUUAGUGUAGUAGACAAACAUCUUGUUGUUUAAGCCACGUUGAAAUUUGGAAGUUAUGUGCACUUUGGGGGUAGGUUUAGGAUAGAAUUGUGGUUUGCCAGUGUGAAGGGGUGAACAGCUUUUGUGAGUCACAGUGUCAUGUCAGAGGCACAGUACAAGUCAAAAAAUACUUCUUUUUUGUUUAAGAUUUUAUUUAUUUAUUUGACAGAGACACAGCGAAAGAGGGAACACAAGCAGGGGGAGUGGCUUAUAAGCGCAGCCAAUGGGGGAAACAGGGUUCCCGCUGAGCAGGGAGCCCUAUGUGGGGCUCGAUCCCAGGACCCUGGGAUCAUGACCUGAGCCGAAGGCAGACGCUUAACGACUGAGCCACCCAGGUGCCCCAAGUCAGAAAAUAUUUCUUCGUCCUAUUUUGGCUUCAUUUGCAUUGCUUCCAAAGGCAUCCUGGGAAAGACUGCAGGACUUUGUAAUUAGUAUGUAGCAGUGCAUUCCUGAGUCACAGUGUAGGUGAAUGUCUAACUUACUAAGGGAUAAUCUAAUAUGUUGGUAUCAGUUUACAUUCUCACCAGAAAAACCAGGACCAGAGUUCCAGUUUCUUUAUAUCCUUACUCACACCUGGUAUGGUCAGGCUUCCUAAUUUCAGUGGUGUAAUAGGUGUGUAAUGGCACCUUGUGAUUUUAAUUUGUAUUUCCCUAAUGAUGUGAUGUUUAGAUGUUUUUCAUGUGUUAAUUUCUAGCCAUCAUAUCUUUUGAAAUUUCUGUUCAUAUGAUUUGUCAUCGUAAUUACUGAGUUUUGACGUUUGUCCAUGGAUUAUUGAUGAAAGUCUUCUAUUUUAAAUAUUUGCCAAUAUAUUCUUCUAGUCAUGGUUUGGUCUUUUCAAUCACUUUUCUUGUGAAAAAAUUUUAAAAUUUUAAUGAAGUUGAAUUUGUCCAUUCUUUCACUGAAUAUCCUUUUGAUCUUGUAUACAAGAAAUGUUUGCGAAAAAAAGUUUGCCAAAUUUAAAGACAUAAUUUUUCCUGUUUCUUUCUGUAAGUUUUUUUUAGUUUUUUUACUGAUGUUUAUGUGCCUUUCUCAGUUAAUUUUUGGACAUUCUUUAAAAAAAUACAUAUAUAUGGAUACCCAGGGGCACCUGGCUGGCUCAGUCAGUAGAGCAUGUGACUCUUGAUCUCAGGGUCAUGAGUUUGGUCCCCACCCUGGGCAUACAGAUUACUUAAAACAAAACAAAACAUGGAUACCCAAGAGCUGCUGCCAUAUUGAUUUAAAAGAUUAUUCCUUCUCCUUUGAAUUGGCUUUUGUAUCUUCAUUGAAGGUCAUUCAUUUCUCUGAAUGUUUAUUUCUGGACUCUCUUCUGUUGCAUUUAUCUAUUUUAUUCCAUACUUUCAUGUGUUGAAUAAUUUGUUUUGAAAUCAAGGUCAUGUACUCCUACAACUGUCUUCUUUUUCAAAGUUGUAGUGGUCAGUCUCGGUCCUUCACCUUUCCGUAUGAAUUUUAGAAUCUACUUGUCAGAUGAACGGAUAAAGAUGAUGUGGUAUAUAUACAAUGGAAUACUACUCAGCCAUCAAAAAACGAAAUCUUGCCAUUUGCAAAGAACUAGAGGGAUGGAACUAGAGGGUAUUAUGCUAAGCGAAAUAAGUCAAUUGGAGAAAGACAAUUAUUAUAUGAUCUCACUCAUGUGGAAUUUAAGAAACAGAGGAUCAUAGGGGAAGAGAGGAAAAAUAAAACAAGACUAAAUCAGAGAGGGAGACAAACCAUAAGAGACUCUUAAUCAUAGGAAACAACCUGAGGGUUGCUGGAGGGGAUGGGAGCAGGGGGAUGGGAUAAUUGGUUGAUGGACAUUAAGGAGGGCACAUUAUGUAAUGAGCACUAGGUAUUAUAUAAGACUGAUGAAUCACUGACCUCUACCUUUGAAACCAGUAAUACAUUAUAUGUUAAUUGGCUGAAUUUAAAUUUAAAAUACAAAUAAAAAAUAGAAUCCACUUGUCAAUUUCUGUAUCACAAAAAAGCCUACAAGGAUUUUGUUUUGGAUUGCAUUUAUUUUUUUUUAAUUUUUUAUUGUUAUGUUAAUCACCAUACAUUACAUCAUUAGUUUUUGAUGUAGUGUUCCAUGAUUCAUUGUUUUUGCAUAACACCCAGUGCUCCAUGCAGAACGUGCCCUCUUUAAUACCCAUCACCAUGCCAACCCAUCCUCCCACCCCCCUCCCCUCUAGAACCCUGUUUGUUUUUCAGAGUCCUUCGUCUCUUAUGGUUCGUCUCCCCCUCCAAUUUCCCCUCCUUCAUUCUUCCCCUCCUGCUAUCUUCUUCUUUUUUUUUUUCUUAACAUAUAAUGUAUUAUUUGUUUCAGAGGUACAGAUCUGUGAUUCAACAGUCUUGCACAAUUCACAGCGCUCACCAUAGCACAUACCCUCCCCAGUGUCUAUCACCACCCUACCCCUCCCACCCCACCUCCCACUCCAGCAACCCUCAGUUUGUUUCCUGAGAUUAAGAAUUCCUCAUAUCAGUGAGGUCAUAUGAUACCUGUCUUUCUCUGAUUGACUUAUUUUGCUCAGCAUAACACCCUCCAGUUCCAUCCACGUCGUUGCAAAUGGCAAGAUCUCAUUCCUUUUGAUGGCUGCAUAAUAUUCCAUUGUAUAUAUAUAUACCACAUCCCCUUUAUCCAUUCAUCUGUCACUGGGCAUCUUGGCUCUUUCCACAGUUUGGCUAUUGUGGACAUUGCUGCUAUAAACACCGGGGUGCAUGUACCCCUUCGGAUCCCUACAUUUGUAUCUUUGGGGUAAAUACCCAGUAGUGCAAUUGCUGGAUCAUAUGGUAGCUCUAUCUUCAACUUUUUGAGGAACCUCCAUACUGUUUUCCAGAGUGGUUGCACCAGCUUGCAUUCCCACCAACAGUGUAGGAGGGUUCCCCUUUCUCCGCUGGAUUGCAUUUAAUCUUCAAUUUAGAAGGAAUACUGAGUGUCCCAAUCCAUAAACAUGAUCUGUCUCCUUUUAUUUAGAUUUUAUUGAAAUUUUGUUCACAAUUUUUUUUUAAAGUUUUUUUUUUUUUUUUUUUUGACAGAGAGCGAGAGCAGGAACACAAGCAGGGGGAGUGGGAGAGGGAGAAGCAGGCCUGCGGAGCAGGAAGCCCGAUGCGGGGCUCGAUCCCAGGACCCUGGGAUCAUGACCUGAGCCGAAGGCAGACGCUUAACGACUGAGCCACCCAGGCGCCCCUUUUUUUAAGAUUUUAUUUCUUUUAUUUUUUUUUAAAGAUUUUUUAUUUUUGUUUAUUUGACAGAGACAGCCAAAGAGGGAACACAAGCAAGGGGAGUGGGAGAGGGAGAAGCAGGCUUCCCGCAGAGCAGGGAGCCCAAUGUGGGGCUCGAUCCCAGGACGCUGGGAUCAUGACCUGAGCCGAAGGCAGACGCUUAAUGACUGAGCCACCCAGGUGCCCUAAGAUUUUAUUUUUAAGUCAUCUGUAUACCCAAUGUGGGUCUUGAAUCCACAACCCUGAGAUUAAGAGUCAAAUGCUCCACCUACUGAGCCAGCCAGGUGCCCCUCUUAGCAAUGUGUUUUAGUUUUCUUUUUAUAGCCCUCACAUAUCUUACAUAUCUCCAAGUAUUUUCUGCAUCUGAUGAUAUGACAAAUGGUAGUUUUUACAUCAAAUUUCAAUUUGCCAAUUGUUCGGUCUUGUUACACUGAAAGAGAUAUUAAACUAAGAAUAGAAGAAAUCCUCCUUAAUCUUAUGAAUGAUGUCUACAAAGAAACUCUUACAAAUAUUAUAUCUUAUUAUUCAUUAUUAAAAUUUUCCCAUGAUAUUAAAACAAAGGGCAGAUAACUGCUCCUUUCUCUUUUUCAGUUGUUCUGGAGUUCCAGUUUCAUUCAGUAAGGCAAGAUGAUGGAUAUGUAAUAGUUGACAAGGAAAAAAUAAACCAUCUAAAAUA